AUGGCUGCUCAAGAAGAAGAAGCAAAAGAAGAAAGAAGCAACAGCAGCACAACACAAAGCCCAGGCAUUGGAGGAGAUCCGCACAUUAUCACAUGGAAGGAUGAACAUUACGACUUUCAUGGCCAAUGCGAUUUGGUGCUUUUGAGUGAUCCAAACUUUACCCGCAGCGUUGGUGUGGACAUUCAUAUUCGCACCAAGGUGGUUCGGUAUUGGUCCUUUACCGAAAGUGUUGCCAUUCGAUUGGGCAAGGAUACUCUGGAGAUCCAAGGCACCACUAGUAACGACGGUACUAAUAAUGGCGAACCAAACUAUUGGAUCAAUGGCAAGCACAAAGGUGAUUUGUUUUUGUUGGGUGGGUAUCCCAUCUUUCAAAAGCGUCCUCAAGGUCACACGCUUACCUAUCAGAUCAAUUUGAGUCCCACCUAUCCCAAUGCAGAGAUUGUUGUUCAAGUGUACAAGCAAUUUGUUCGCGUCAAAAUCAAUGGUGAUGACGAAGCCUUUGGACGAUCCGUUGGUCUGUUGGGAGAUUACUUGACGGGAGAGAUUCUCGCCAGAGAUGGAAUGACAGUCCUCCGUCAACAAGACAACAAGGCAAUUGGGGAUGAAUGGCAAGUCUUGCCCAGCGAGGGGCCGCUCUUUCACGAAGACCAAGCACCUCAAUUCCCGGUUAGAUGUCUCCAGCCAAAGUCUCCCAGCAAACAGCACGAACGAUGGCUAGCCGAGUCUAGCAUUAGUGUUUCCGAAGCGGAAGCUGCCUGUGCCAAAGUGGGCGAUCUUCCUUCCAUCAAGGACUGUGUGCAUGAUGUCCUGGCGACGCAAGACUUGGGUAUGCGAGGUGCCUUUUAA